UCUCAUUAGGUUUAGGGAUCUGCUGUUUGUGUUGCUUUAGAAUCUGGGUGCUGCGGCUGAAGAUCUCGAUUAGCCGAAAAUUGCAAGAACGGCUUCAGGCUCUUGCGAUCAACAAACGCAGCGUUUUGAUCUCAGAUUUGAGGGGGAGAGGUACCGUCGUUGCAUAAUGGCAACAACAGUGAGAAGUCUGAAGAUAAAGACAAGUACGUGCAAACGUAUAGUGAAGGAGCUGCAUUCUUAUGAGAAGGAAGUUGAGAGAGAAGCUGCCAAAACAGCUGAUAUGAAGGAAAAAGGAGCCGAUCCCUAUGAUCUCAAGCAACAGGAAAAUGUCUUGGCUGAGUCUAGGAUGAUGAUUCCUGACUGCCGCAAGCGCCUUGAGGCCGCUUUGGCAGACUUGAAAGGAUUAUUGGCUGAGUUGGAGGAGUCGGAUGAGAAGGCCAGUCCUGAGAUUGAUGAAGCUCGGAACACCAUCGUAGAAGUUGAGAAAGUAUUUGAAACAACAGAAGAUUAGCAAGGUUGUUUGAUUAGUGCUCUUGAUGGAGGAUAUUGGACCUGUAUUGUACAUUUUCCUGGUCACAAACAAUCAUACAUUCUUCUUGUUCCAUGUGCUCUCUCCUCCACAGUUUAAUUCUGUACUUUUAUAGAACAUCUGAAAAUGAAUGAUUAUGGCAUUGCUCUACUUUUCUAGGCUUGAAAACACGGUAUCAAUUUAUCGAAGUUUUUACAUCCAAAUUUCUAUAAUUUUAUGUGGUAUGCGAUAUGCCACCUAAAGAUCA